UUUGGCCAGGUUUCAAGCAGUGAUGAGAAACAUAUGACCAGCAAUAUUAUGUAUUCAGCAGCAGUUAAGACUUGACUGACACUGUGAUCAGUGUGUGAUGUCUUUUCAAGUGUAGCUCCUCUGGUCAUUUUAUGUCCAUUCAGGAACUCUUUUCAGCUUAUUCUUUUUCUUUUUUUCUUCUCCCUCUUGAACGUUUGGGCAGGAAUUUGGGAUCAGCAGACAUUUUAAUGUUGCUCUUGGAGGAUUUUGGAGUGUAACAAGGAUAACACUUAUUUCUCAGACCCUAAACAUCCUGACCUAGUCUCUACAAUGAGAGUCAUUUUGUUGUUCACCUUACUUCUCCUGUGCCACGGAAAACCAUACAAGCCCAUAAACGUCAUGGAGCUGAUGAAAAUUCAUGACAUCAUGCAACAAGACAAUGGGAGUGAUGAGGACGAUGAUGAUGAUGAUGACGACAAGGAUGAUGAUGACGAUCUGGACAACUUUAUUACAGACUGCCCUUUUGGCUGCCAGUGCUUAAGAAGGGUUGUCCAAUGUUCAGAUCUAGGUUUGGUGUCAGUGCCGCGUAACAUUCCAGCAGACACGCUAAUGAUUGAUUUGCAAAACAACGAUAUCACUGAAAUCAAGGAGGAUGAUUUUAAAAAACUGAAUAAUCUCUACGCCUUGUUUCUGGUUAAUAACCAGAUUUCAAAGAUUCAUCCAAAGGCUUUCCAAAACAUGGAGAAACUCCGUCUACUCUACUUGUCAUACAAUUUCCUGACACAAAUACCUGAAAAUCUGCCAAAGAACAUCUUGGAGCUAAGAAUCCAUGACAAUAAGAUCAGCAAAAUUCAGAAGGAUGCUUUUAAAGGGAUGCAAUCCUUGCAUGUUCUAGAAAUGAGCGCUAAUCCCAUCGCCAACAGCGGGAUUGCACUAGGAGCUUUUAAUGAUAUGGCAACCCUUUACCUGAGAAUUGCAGAAGCAAGGCUCACAGCAAUCCCGAAAGAUCUGCCCUCGUCUAUCACGGAGCUUCACUUGGACUAUAAUAAAAUCGCCAAAGUCGAGGUGGAAGACUUUAUCCGAUACAAACACUUGCUGAGGUUGGGGUUGGGUUUCAACCAGAUCAAAUUUGUGGAGAAUGGGAGCUUAACAUAUAUUCCCAAAGUCAGAGAAAUUCAUCUGGAUAACAACAAGCUGAAAAAUAUUCCCCCAGGUUUGAACUCGCUUAAGUAUUUACAGGUGGUGUACCUCCAUGCUAAUAGCAUUGCCAGUGUGGGAGUGAAUGACUUCUGCCCAACAAGAACCAAGGUAAAGAAGGCUGUCUAUUCAGGAAUCAGCCUAUUUGCCAAUCCGGUGAAAUACUGGCAGAUCCAACCGGCCGCCUUCCGCUGUGCAUCCGGCCCGAGAUCUCUGCAGCUCGGCAAUUUCAGACGAAAGUGAGCGCAUGGUUCCACUGGAGGGCAGCAACUCAACUUGUAUUUGAUAAAUGUCUUUCAGUUAAUAAUCGGGAUGACGAUCCCUCGAUCAGGUUGCACCGUACAUCCACAUCUGCUGAUGAACAAGUAGUUUACUUGAAAGAAAAAAAAAACAAACAAAAAAAAAAACGUCCUGUGAAGAUAAUUAUGUAACAAAAAUAUUCACCAGGCAUUUUUUUUGCUGGCUUAUUAGGACCACAGGUCAUAGAGUAGCUACAUUGGGUGCAAUCAUUGUUAUUAUCUGUUUAUACCUUCAUUCAGAAUUCUCUUGAUUAGCAGUGGUAUUGCUGAACUAGUCGUUUUUGUUUUGUUUUUUCAAUUGUAUAAUCCGACAUUGUUAGUAAACCUUAAAUUGUUUCAUUGUCAUUAUGUUAAAUGAUGAUUAAGUACUCAAGAGACGCAAUCUCUAAUGUAAACUAAAAAUUGUAAACUAUUAAAUAAGCUACAGUCACAAUUGUUUCGAACCUUUGUUGAAAUGUGUAAAAAAGAAAAAAAAAAGAAAAAGCAUUUUGUGAAUAAACA